AGAACCUCCUUGCGCCGUCACCCCUAAUCCACCCCUGCUACAUCUCGCUACACACGCACGAUCCUUGCUCUUCUUGUACCCCUCGACGCAGCAUUGAAAGCAUCACAAGCGUUUCUCUUCCUCGAUCAAUCCUAGUGCACCCCCUUAACGCUCCCUCAAGUGAAAGCCAGCCAAGAUGUCCACCGGAACUUUUGAUCCCAACAAGGCUCAGAACCUCCCCGAAAUCGAAAAGCAAAUGGCCGUCAAGUGCGUAGAGCACGCUCAAGCCACCUGGAACCUCUAUGAAAAAGUCAAGCCCUCCACUCUGAAACUCUCCCGUCUAGAUGAUGAGAUUUAUGAGGAUUUCCAGGCUACUUUCCCUGAAUUGGCGGGGGACGAGGCAAAGGUGAAAAAGGUGGAUGAGGAGGGGAUGAAGAGUGCAAAGGGCAAGGAGGCCUGGAGGCAAUUUAUCAACAAGUACGAGAACAAGAUCGCCGACUACAACUUCGGAACGCUGAUCCGCACAGACGCCGCAGACGAGUACACGCAGCACAACACAACCUUUGUGACCCGGCUGCAAUUCUACGUCUACGAGAUUGCUAGGAACAGGAGAGGGCUGAACGACUGGAUCUACGAAAAGGCUCAAAAGGAGGCAAAGGAGGAGGCAGCCAAGAAGAAGGCUGGUAAGAAGUAAGCAUGAGGGAACUUUGAGGCUGAUUCUCGGCAUCACCAAUGCAGAAGCGAUAAUCUAUAUCUAAUCCCACAUCACAUCACAUGACCUCGCACGACUGUGAUGUCCUUGAUGUUUGGGGCCAAAAGAAACACAGAACUUGCUAACCACACUCUACUGAAUCUUCAUCCCUUGCCUCCUCAUCCCUCUCCGCCUAGUGGUGGAACAGCCUCAGCUCCGUCCUGGCGACCCUGAUCUCAUGCUCAUCAGCCGCCUUGAUGCAAGCCUCAUCCAUGACCGAUCCUCCAGGUGCAGCAAUGUACCUCACUCCAGACCGGGCGCAUCGGUGAACAUUGUCGUCAAAGGGGAAGAAGGCGUCUGAGCCACACACCACCUCCUUGAGUUGUAGAGCCCACUGUGCCUUUUCUUCGCCCGUGAGAGGAGCAGGGAUCUCGUCGAAGAGAGACUCCCAUUGA